AUGAAUACUACAGGCAUAAGAAGCCCUACACAGAGUUCCCAAUGUAUUCGAACUCAUGAAAGUUUUUGCACACAAUUCUGUGCUCAGGUUGACAAAUAUGUUACCAGUGAAUGUCCUCAAAGUAAUGAAAAAUAUGUGCAACAGAUAACUAAGAUUCUGUCACAGUUAUCGGAGGAGCGUCGUUGGGUAGGUGAUUUUUUUUUAACAGUACUUAUGGCUAAUGGUAAUUAUGAAAUAUUAGCUGUGAUAGGUCAUGUAAACGUCAAAACGGAUCAUGUUUUACCGAUGUUAUUGCUGGUUAUGGAAAUAAUGAAAAUUGAUAGUCUUGGAUAUGAACCCAUUAUAAUUCUACAUGGUGUGCUUGAAGAGCAGAUAUAUAAAAUGAAUGGAAAUGAUACAAAAAUUUUUGGUACAUAUAUUGCGGAGAAUUUUAUGAGCGGAUUCAUACUGAAAAAAAGCUGGUUGAGCGCUGCAACCAUAUUCAUUCAGUGUGUGGUAAAGUCAAAAGAUAAGUUCGUUGAAUGGGAGGAGAAUACUGUUGAUUGUAUGAAAUAUCGUAUCGCCUUUUUAUUGAAACUACUAAGUGAUGUUGUAAGCUGCAGUUCUUUGAAAGAGCUCGUCUUUGUGCUGAGAAAAUGUUCCCUGCAUGAGAUCCUUAGUUUAUUUGUGGAAAAAAUAUUGUGUACCGAGGCGACACCAGAAAUCUGUUUAAAAUUGAUUGUCGUGCUUCCCGAGGUAUGCGAUCAUUUGCUGGUGAAAGCGGAUUUUUCAUUCGAAGAUUUGUACAUUUUGUCAGUUGAACUUCAUGAACUGUUCAAAUCUAGCGUUAUUAUUGCAAAAUUAUUCCUUGCUCGACUAAAGCGUCAUCGGCAGCUUGUGUCAUGCAGUAGAUUUGCGCUGAUAUGCCUACUCCUGCUGUGUAAUACAACACGAUAUCAUUCGGUGAGUAUGGCAGAGCUGAAACAGAACGUCAUGAAACUACAGAAACAUUGUGACCGGUUGAAAAGAAGUGCUUGGAUUCGUGAUGUUAUGGGUGACUGUGACGUGGAAACUUUGAAAUGCAAUUUAGAUGCAGUUGUUGAAGUGGCAGUUAAUGAUACCAAGUGGUGUUCUGUUAUUGGCAGUGCACUUGAGCAAGUUGCGCUAAUGCUGCUACUAGAUAAAUGCAAUGCUGAAAUUAAAAUCUCGGAUGGCAGAAUUGCGGACGGUACUGGUGCUGUGUCACUGGGCAAGUCAAUGCUGGUCUCACUAGCCAGAGUAAAUGCCACAUCCGUCGGUCAGCUGUUAGAAAGAAUCCUUACAAUAUUGUUCACGUGCGUUAAGCAGAACUGUGCACUCGUUCUGAUUGUUGUUAAUGUAAUUCCAGAUGCGAUUGUUGAUAUUGUAUCGAAACAAACAAUACAUGUAUUGAAUGCCUGGAAAUCACUGCGAUCCUGGAUGGACAGUAUAUGCGACCUAAAAGACAAUAUUGCUGUUUCACUAGUUCGCGCUUUACUGCCAGUUAUUAUAUUACGUCCACAGUUAAUUGCCAUUAUACUUAACCGGAUGAAAAAAUAUGUACUAUGUGAUUCAACAGUUGCUACAGUUUUACCAAUAUUACUUCUCCUUCUGCGGUCAUCGACAAUGCGUUCGGCUGUAAAAAGUGAUUAUUACAGCCAGUCUUUCGCUACUUUUUCCACUCAGGCUUUACAAAACAUGGGUGUUGAAACGAAAAAUACGAAUGCAGAGCUUUCGCUGGAGAUCAUUGGAAUCUUGAAGCGAACUUUUUCUCAGCCCGCAAGUGUUAAAAGCAUGUUGUACAGGCGUGUUUUUGAGGGUAUUGUUGAAGCAGCAUCUGCCAAUCAGAAUUUGGUGACUCCGACUUUGGAUCUUUUAGUAACACAUCUUAGAACUCUGCAACAAAUAUCUCGCUGUACCUACAUUGAAUCUUUGAAAUCUUCUACUAUUCUACUUGAACCUUUGUCUGAUUUAGUCCAGGCUGUAAGCUUACUGAUGCGUUUGUCAAUAUACAGUUUACGAAACACGUCGACUCAAGUUGUAUGUGGCGAAGACGCAAAAGUAUGUCAGGCCAUGUCCGAAUUGGAUAAGCUUGCUGAAUUUGCUAUAGAUCGAGAUGUGCAUGACCUGCAGCUGGAUAAGCUUUCGGAUUUUUCAUUUUCUGUUGCUGGUCGUACAAACCUGAGUUUCGCAUCAUUGAUGAUAUCUCUUUACGACGCGCUUAUCGAACACUUAUGGAAUGUAGGCUGUGUGCUUACCAGGAGAGAAGCGACGGAAAAAGUGCUGGCGUUAUUGCGUAGACAUGAGGAAUUGAACGAAAUUUUGAAGGAAAAAUCAGCGAAAAAGAAAGAGAGCAAGGGAGAGAAAAUCACCAUAGCUUAUUCAUCUACCAUGCCUUACCUGCAGUCCAUAACAAGCAUAGUUUCACGAUUCAUUCAGAAAGUUGAUGAAGAAAGUAUCGAUAUAGACGAAGAGUGCUUGCAACUUCUUCGUGAAAAUGCAUUUGUAUGGGCGAUGGAUUGGGCACAGCGGAUUUCCAUUGAUAUAUAUAAGUGUAAUACUCGCGCACCAUUUACAGCACUUUCCUCUUUUUCAAGGACCAUGCUUCUUCUAUACAUAGGUGGUAGUUUUGUUCAUGAAUCAGCUUCGUUUGAGUUGUGGGAUCACAAAUGUACGCAAGCUGCUGUAGCUUUCUCCAACGUAAUUUCUUUGAUGAUCUCAAAAUACGGUUUUCGUUGUGAUGGUUUGCUUAUGGAAAUGUGUCAUAUCUUAGACCAAUCGAAUGGAGGUCAAAGAAAGUAUGAAAAUGCUGCAUUUUUUUUGAUUCAAUUCAUCUUAUCACGUCUAAUACCGAAACUGCUUGAGACUUAUAAAGAUUUCGAGGAACGGAAAGUGAUAUCAGAUUUUACUCAUCAAGCAUUUGCCCUAAUUGCUGCCUGUCGUGCAUUGUUCAAGCAGGUAUCAAAUCAAAAGGCGCAAUUGAAGUGUGCAAAACUUUCUCGCAAUGUAUUGCAAAAAAAUGAAAUAGCUGAUAAAACUGUAUUGAAAGAGGUUUGGCAUCUUUAUAUGUAUAUGGAACGAGCUGGUACGUGUGACUCUCAUUACACGAAUUUUUUGCGCGCUGUCGCCACUCAAAUAAUAACUGUCCUGAGCGAUAAGGAAGAAGAAACGGCUCAUUUGUUGGCAUCCAUAAAUGAUAUAACAGUGGAAACAAGUGCAGAAAUGGUUGCUGAAGCCUGCUCAGCUUCUCUAUCAGAUGCACGUUUGACAACCGAAAUGAUGUCUCAGAUUUUCAUAUCUUCAAUGGAUCUUGGUCUCGUCAAAGUGAUCGACUUAUGCAGCAGAUUAGCGGAUGUUGUUCUUUUAUUGCUCUCAGUACACAUUGAUUAUGCAGUGGCUAAAGAAUCGAUCUGUGCAUUGUUAACUGCACAAUACGAGGCACUCAAUGUAAUUGUUAAAUUGAUGCUAAAAACACAUAAAUAUAAUGAUAUUUCGGAGUGGAUGGCUGUAACGAAAUUAGCAACCCUUGCUCAUGGCAGUAUCCUCCGAAUUAUGGAGAACGCCGAUGAAAAUGUGGGGACACUGAAUCCACUUGACGAACCAUCUCUUACUCAUAAUCGAAAGGUAUUGAAGUCUCAGAAGGACGAAACGCUUUAUGUUACCUAUGUACGAUCAAGAGAGCUUUAUCAGGCCAAUCUUCUACUGCUAUGCUCAGCUCUGCACGAUGAUCGAUUAGACAUACAAGUUAGAAACAAUUCAAUUGGUGUUCGAGAUUUCCGUAUAGAUGCCGAAAAAUUACGACAGCGAGUGGAAGAACUGGGUGAAGAGGCUGAGAACGAGCGACAGAUACAAAAUGAUGAGCAAAGACCGGUUAAGAAGCGUGCACGCACUGGAAAAGAUGUUAUUAAUGUCUGA